CGCGGCCUUUUCCCGCGGCGGUGAGGCUGGGAGAGCGCUCGUCUGUGCUGCGCCGCUGCCGCCAUGGGCUUCGGGGACCUUAAGUCUGCUGCCGGCCUCCAGGUCCUUAAUGACUUCCUGGCUGACAGGAGCUACAUCGAGGGGUACGUCCCCUCGCAGGCCGACAUCGCCGUCUUCGAAGCGAUCGCCGCCCCACCUCCUGCAGACUUGUUCCAUGCUCUCCGGUGGUACAAUCACAUCAAGUCGUACGAAAAGCAAAAGGCCAGUUUGCCAGGUAUAAAGAAAGCAUUGGGGAAGUAUGGUCCUGCUGAUGUUGAAGACACAACAGGUGUGGCCACAGAUAGCAAAGAUGAUGAUGACAUUGAUCUCUUUGGAUCUGAUGAUGAAGAGGAAAGUGAAGAAGCAAAGAAAUUAAGGGAAGAACGCCUGGCCCAGUAUGAGUCCAAGAAGUCCAAAAAACCUGCUGUUGUUGCUAAAUCAUCAAUCUUGCUUGAUGUGAAACCUUGGGAUGAUGAGACAGACAUGGCCAAACUAGAGGAGUGUGUUCGAAGCAUUCAAGUAGAUGGCUUGGUCUGGGGAUCUUCCAAGCUAGUACCAGUUGGUUAUGGUAUCAAAAAGCUUCAGAUUCAGUGUGUUGUUGAAGAUGAUAAAGUUGGAACAGAUAUGCUGGAAGAAAGAAUAACAGCUUUUGAAGAUUAUGUGCAAUCAAUGGAUGUAGCUGCUUUCAAUAAAAUUUAAGUCUUGCUAUAUCUAGAAUAAAUGUAACAGCAAAAAUA